GUAAAUACCAGCAGCAGCAGCAGGUGUUCCUCCUUCUCCAGGCUCUGUAGGCUCAAAUGCAAAUAAAGAGGCAGGAGAGACGGAUUUGACUGACAAAUAGAGAAGCCGCAGCUGCUGUUUGCAGUCUCAGUCCCAGCGCAGAGACAAGUGUCAGGACAGGAUGCGUCCAUGGAGCUGCUCUCCGGCCCAAACUCCUGUCUGAGGGGCAGUAUAAUCCUGCUAUUAGCAAUUGGCACCUGCUCUGCACUGAAACUCACAGCCCCAUCUCCGACUAUCCAUGGCAUCAAGGGGCAGCCUCUUACCCUGCCCAUCUAUUAUGAUGUCAACGCUUCUGCCUCCGGGGUUCAGAUUAUAUGGCUGCUGGAAAGGCCUCCGGCUCCCCCUGCCUGUCUGCUGACGUCCUUCAAUCACACAUUUUUACCGGAUUUGGAAUUUCAGCACAAGUUUACAAUGCAUCCACCCAAUGCCUCCCUGCUGAUAAAUUCACUACACAUGAGCGAUGAGGGGAACUACACCGUCAAAGUCAACAUCCAAGGGGAAACCACCAUGUCAGCAACACAGAAGAUCGAAGUCACUGUGCACGUUCCAGUUUCGCAGCCCAUUAUUCACAGUGAACCCUCAUAUGGAGCGGUAGAGAAAGUGGGGAACCUCACCUUUAGAUGUCGUGCGAUGAAGGGGACUCGAGUAAGAUAUCAAUGGUUAAAAAAUGGAAGCCCCCUUCCCAGCAGCUCAACCUAUAGCUUCUCCCGGGACAACUCCACCUUCACCAUAGCGAGAGUGAUGAAGAGCGAUAUUGGGAAUUACAGCUGCCUGGCCUCAAAUUACAUCAGUGAAAUGGAGAGUGAGAGCAUCGUGCCAACUAUAUACUAUGGACCUUACGGGCUACGUGUGAUCUCUGACAAAGGACUUAAGGUUGGGGAGGUCUUCACCAUUGCCAAUGGAGAAUCGGUUCGCUUUGACUGCUCCGCUGACUCCAAUCCCCCGAAUACCUGCGCCUGGAUACAAAGGGGCAACAACUCCACAGAGAUCAUCAACUAUGGGCCGCACUUCAAGCUCCUGUCUGAGAGAGUCAGCCAAAAAACAGUGGACUAUUAUCUGUGCCGCGCGUUCAACAACAUCACCGGGAAGGGGGAGGAGACGCAGUUUACAGUCAUCAUCACACCUUUAGACGCAGCAAAACUUUCCCAGAUGACAAGUACCUUGUCCCCACUGGCAGCCAUAACUGGAGUGUCACUCUUUGUAAUUUUAUCCAUUUGCUUUAUUUUUGUGUGGAGAAAAUAUCGACUUCACAGAGCCAUCCAGUGGAAGCUCCAACCCCGGAGACCUUCAACAGAAUACAGAAGGACGCCGAUCUAUUCAGGACACGAAGAUGCCAUAAAUGAUUUCGGGAUAUAUGAGUUUGUGUCUUUACCAGAUUCUUCAGCUCCACACAGGGUAAUAACACCUUCUUCAAAUUCUCUGCAAGUCCAGGAUAUCAAUGGCACCAUCUAUGAAGUUAUACAGUUUGUCCCGGAGCAAAUACAAAAUGAUCCACAACCGUAAAGAAUAUGGAGUUCAUAUAUAAGAACAUGGAACCCAGCGAAACGUUCUAGUUCAUGUCAUUGUCUCGUGAAAUGACGACUUGCACUGAAUACCUCACCCCCCCUCCCCCCGCCCGCUGCUGACACAUGGGUGUACGCCCGUCUGCAGGCCCUUAUCCUUUCCUCAGGAAAAUUCCUAUUUUGCUAGGUCUGGCUUUGUUUGGACCUGUGUGUGUGGUAUACAUUAUCAUGCUCCGUUUUGUUUCCUAAUAUUUUCUAUUUAUUCAGGGAAGCUCCGCCUUCAUAACCAAAUGGAUUCCAAUGCAUCCCCAAUGAAGAAUGAAGCAACUUAGCAUUUCAUUUUAUUUUAAAAAAAAAUCCUACAUUUUUAAUGUCUACAGCUAUGUAGCCCUUUGUGUUGCCAUGGUAACAGACUACAGAGAAACUCUGUGCAGUCUGAUCCUGCUGCAAAACUUAAAGGAGUACUCCAGUGGAAAACAUUUUUUUUUUUUUAAUCAACUGGUGCCAGAAAGUUGAACAGAUUUGUAAAUAACUUCUAAUAAAAAAUAUUUGUCCUUCCAGUACUUAUUAGCAGCUGUAUGCUAUAGAGGAAAUUCUUUUCUUUUUGAAUUUAUUUUUUUUGUCUUGUCCACAGUGCUCUCUGCUGACAUCUGAUGCCCGUCUCAGGAACUGUCCAGAGCAGGAGAAAAUCCCCAUAGCAAACCUCUCCUGCUCUGGACAGUUCCUGACACGAACAGAGGUGUCAGCAGAGAGCACUGUGGACAAGACAAAAAAGAAAUUCAAAAAGAAAAGAACUCUCCAGAGCAGGAGAAACUCCCCAUAGCAAACCUAUGCUGCUCUGGACAGUUCCUAAAAUGGACAAGAGAUGUCAGCACUGUGCUCAUGAUGUCUGCAGAGAACUCUGUGUUCCAAAAAGAAAAUAAUUUCCUCUGUAGCAUACAGCUGCUAAUAAGUACUGAAAGGAUUAAGAUUUUUAUGUAGAAGUAAUUUACAAAUCUGUUUAACUUUCUGGCACCAAUUCAUAAAAAUAAAAAAUAAAAAUGUAAAAAAUUUCCACCGGAGAACCCCUUUAAUUCCAUCUCACCCCUACUUCUUCCUAACAUACAUUUUGUAGAUUACGGAGAGGAAAGGACAGACGGAUAACAAUACGACUGCAGGAUCAGACUACGCAAGCUUUGUUUGUAGUCUGUGUCCAUGGUGACUAUAGACCUGAAUAGGAGCUGUAGGCACAAAGUUAUAGACAAUGUUUCAUUCCGAUUUUUUUGCAAAAUUGAUUUUUUUUUUGCAUUGGAAUAAAUGGUUAUGCACUUUGAAGCAAAGGGCCUGUUAUAUUAUACCGAUUAGUGUAUACACAUCUAUAAGCAAAUAUAAUGGUAUCUUGUUUAAAUAAACAAAAAAAAUUUAUUGGACUAUAAUAACCAACAUUUGAACCCCAAAUGUCUAGAUAUUCUCCCCAAAUUGCACAGAAACUCCUCCUUUUAAUGUUAGCAUACAGUGUUUACCAACCAGAGUGUCUCUAGC